GCCGCGCCGCGCCGCCGGCCACCCGGAGGAGGAGGAGGAGGAGGAGGAGGAGGAAGAGGAGGAGGAGGAAGGGCCGGCAGCCGGCUCCGAGCUCUCCGAGCUCUCCGACGCCGAGCCCCUGUCGGAGCCCGAGGGGGCGGGCGGCGCUGCGCGGGCCCCCCCGGCAGCGGGGAGCGAGCGGGGCCCCCCCUGCUGCUCCUCGGACAGCGAGAUCAACAUCACCAGCGAGGAGGAGGAGGAGGAAGGCGGCGAGCGGCCCGCUUGGGCAGCGGGCACCGCCUGCUACAUCUGCGGCAGCCCCUUGGCACCGGGCGCCCAGCACCGCGUCCACGUGCAGAAGCAGGAGAAGACCUCGCCGGGACCUUUCUUCCCGUUCCUGUGGCUGCACAGCCCCCCGCCGGGCGCCCAGCCUCUGUCCCCCACCGGCAGCACCCUGGUGUGUCCCUGCUGCUUCGCCUCGCUCAUGCAGCAGUGGCAAAGCUUCGAGCUGGCCAACGUGCCCGUGCUGCAGCGGCUCUACGUGGUGCCCCUGAGCGCCGGGGCCAUGCCCGCCAAGGGCCGCCGAGGGACGAAGGAGGACGGCGCGGGCAUCCCGCCGGUGCCCGAGGCUUGCUACCUCUGCGGGGAGGAGUGCGGCAAGGAGGCGAGGCCGGUGGCGGCCAAAAUCACCAACGGCAACGCGAAGAGCACCAUGCAUUUCCCCUUCCUCAGCCUCCUGCCCUGCCCGCCCGGCGCCAAGGGGCUGAACAAGCACUGGGAGGUCAGCAGCUGCCGCAAGUGCUUCGGGGUGCUGCAGGACCUGUGGGCCAUGUACAGGGCCUGUCACAACGAGGAGCUCAUCUCCUCCGUGCAGAGUUUCCUGGGGAGGUACCACCAGGUCUUCUCCGCCGGUGACCUCGCCGGCCACCCCGCUGUCAUCAAGCCCGGUCCCACCUCUGUCUGCUACAUCUGCGGGGCCGAGUUGGGAGCUGGCAAAGAGUUCCAGCUCAACGUCAACCCUCCGGGGCGAUUUGGGGAGAAGGAGCCCUUUUUCCCCUUCUUGACCGUCUACCCGCCCGCCCCGCGGGCCAGGCCGGCCGACUCCACCGGGCUGGUGGCCACCUGCAUCCUGUGCUACCACGACCUGCUGGGACAGUGGCUGCAGCACGAGGGCAGGAACUCCCACCACCCCAGCAGCGCCUGGUCCCGGCAGUACAAGGUGGAGACCUUCGUCUGCUUCUUCUGCCGGCAGGAGAAGAAGCGAUGCCUUGGAUUAAAAGCGGUUCAAGUGGCCAGGCUUCCCGUCUUCCUCUACACCCUGCGCGUGGCCAACAGCCUGCUGGUGGACGACGGGAAGCAGCUGACCAUCGGCGCCUGUGCCGAGUGCGGGGCCGUGGUGCUGGCUGGCAAGAGCGUGACCCCGCCAGAGCUGCUGGCAGUGGCACCCCCGACUCUCCUCCCCAAGGCGUCCUCUUCUUCCCUGGAGACAGCCGCCACCAAGCCUGCGGCCGGUGAGUCCCGGCACCGAGCGGCCAGCGCCGGGGAGAGCCCGGGAACGGGCAGCGCUGUCCCGGACAUCGGCCAGCGGACGCCUUUGGAUGCGGAGGGUGCGGACGCUGGAGCCACAAGCAUGAGCCAUGAGCCGAAGUCGCCGUCCCUAGGAAUGCUCUCCACGGCCACCCGCACCACGGCCACCGUGAGCCCGCUGACCCCGUCGCCCCUGAACGGCUCCAUCGUCCCCAAUGGCAGCCCCGCCGCCAGCAGCACUUUGUCCGUCCAGGCAGCCCCUUCCUCCAGCUUCGCCGCCGCCCUGCGCAAGCUCGCCAAGCAGGCCGAGGAGCCCAGAGGGUCCUCACUGAGCAGCGAGUCGUCCCCAGUGUCCUCACCAGCCACCAACCACAGCUCCCCUGCCAGCACGCCCAAGCGCGGCCCCAUGGGCCCCAUCAUCGUGCCCCCGGGGGGGCACAGCGUGCCCAGCACGCCGCCCGUCGUCACCAUCGCCCCCACCAAGACGGUCAACGGCGUCUGGAGGAGCGAGGGCAGACAGCAGGAAGCCGGGUCGCGAGGCAGCAGCAGCAGCGCCGGCCGCGAGCGCCUCAUCUCGGAGCCCCCCCUGGCGCAGGAGAAGGCAGGGGGUCCCACUGUCCCCUCCCACCUCCUGGGGACACCCUACUCCUUCGGGCUGCCCCCCAGCUCCGUGGUCCAGGACUCCCGCUUCCCUCCUCUCAACCUGCAGCGGCCGGUCCACCACGUGGUGCCUCCCAGCGCGGUGACCGAGGAUUACCUGCGGAGCUUCCGUCCCUACCACACGGCCGAGGACCUCCGCAUGUCCUCCCUGCCGCCCCUCGGCCUCGACCCGGCCACUGCCGCCGCCUACUACCACCCCAGCUACCUGACACAUCACCCCUUCCCUCAUCCUGCCUUCAGGAUGGAUGAGUCGUACUGCCUGUCAGCACUGAGGUCCCCCUUCUACCCGCUGCCAGCGCCGGGCUCGCUGCCACCCCUGCACCCCUCGGCCAUGCACCUGCACCUCUCGGGGGUCCGGUACCCCCCCGAGCUCUCCCACUCAUCCCUGUCCGCUCUGCAGUCCGAGCGCAUCUCCAGCCUCGCCGCCGAGAGGCUGCAGAUGGACGAGGAGCUGCGGCAGCGCGAGCGGGAGCGGGAGCGGGAGCGGGAGAAGGAGCGGGAGCGAGAAGCCGACCGGGAGCGGGAGAAGGAGCGGGAGCGGGAGCGGGAGCGGGAGCGCGAGAAGGAGCUGGAGCGCGAGCGGGAGAAGGAGCGGGAGCGGGAGCUGGAGAGGCAGCGGGAGCGUGCCCGGGAGAAGGAGCUGAGCAUGGUGAAAGCCAUGGAGGGGCCCUUCCUCCCCGUGGCGGAGCUGCACGGGCUGCGGGGGCACCCGGCCGAGGAACGGGGCAAGCCGGUGGAGCCGCUGGCACCCAGCAGAGCAGACAAGCUCAAGGACUCGGUGCUGCCCACGCCGAAGCCCAUCCAGCACCCUCUGCACCCGCCGCCGGGCUCCCACCACCCCGUGCCCAGCCUCAUCCCCAACCACAGCGUGUUCCCUCUGCCCGGGAGCAGCGCGGCCACGGCGCUGCUCAUCCACCGCACCAACGAGGAGGAGAAGUGGCUGGCCCGGCAGCGCCGGCUGCGCCAGGAGAAGGAGGAUCGGCAGUCCCAGGUCUCGGAGUUCCGGCAGCAAGUGCUGGAGCAGCACCUGGACAUAGGGCGUGCCCCCAGCCAGGCUGAGCCCGAGCACCGGCCCGAGCACCCCAGGUUGGGAUCGAGCCGCCACGAGCCGAGCAGCCGGGAGCCAGGGCAGCACUUUGGCGGGCCCCCACCCCUCAUCUCCCCCAAACCCCAGCACCACCCCGUCACCACGUCCCUCUGGAACCCCGUCUCGCUGAUGGAGAGCCCCCCCGACCCUCCCCGGCGCCUCCCCGAGCCCCACGCCCUCCACAGCCACCCAGCGCCCUUCGAGCCCGGCCGCCAGGGCAUCCCUCUGGUGAAGGUGGAGAGGGUCUUCUGCCCGGAGAAGCUGGAGGAGGGCCCGAGGAAGAGGGACGCUCUGGAGAAAUACCCCCCGGGACGGGAGCCCGGCGCCCCGGAGCACGGGGCCUUCACCCACACCCCCUUCCUAGCUGAGCUGGAAAAGUCCACUCAGAGCAUCCUGAGCCAGCAGAGAGCCCCGGCCACCCCGUUCCCCGAGGCCACCAAGCCCAGCUCGCCCUACCGGCCCCCCCAGCCCCGCGCCCAGGACCCCAUGUACAUCUACGACGAGUUCGUGCAGCAGCACCGCAGGCUGGUCAGCAAACUGGACCUGGAGGAGCGCCGGCGGCGGGAGGCCCGUGAGAAAGGGUACUACUACGACCUGGAUGACUCCUGUGACGACAGCGACGAGGAGGAGGUGCGGGCCCAUCUCCGCUGCGUGGCUGAGCAGCCCCCGCUGAAGCUGGACACGUCCUCUGAGAAGCUGGAGUUCCUGCAGCUCUUCGGCCUCACCACGCAGCAGCAGAAGGAGGAACUGCUGAGCCAGAAGCGGCGCAAGCGGCGGCGGAUGCUGCGGGAGCGGAGCCCCUCUCCGCCCACGGUGCAGAACAAGCGCCGCACGCCCUCGCCGCGCCUGCCGCUCUCCACCCGCUACAGCCCCGACGAGAUGAACAACAGCCCCAACUUCGAGGAGAAGAAGCGCUUCCUCACCAUCUUCAACCUCACGCACAUCAGCACCGAGAAGAGGAAAGCUUCCCAUGCCGCAGACAAGGAGAAGCUGGUGGAGAUGCUCCAGGCCAUGAAGCAGAAGACCACGCCGGCCGCCGUGGUGGUGAAGAGCUCCCCGCGGGACAGCCCCGGUGCCCCCAGCACUGAGCCUCCAGUGCCCCCGCUCCUGCUGGACCUGGAUAAACCCGUGGGCAUCGCCGUCUCCGUGCCGGAGGUGCCGAAGGCGGCAGAAGCCUCCAGGUUAGAGCAGCUGAGACCCCAGGAGCCACCCAGGCCCAAGGAGUCGGGUGCGGCGCCGGAGAAGCCCCGGCUGAGCGACGGGCACCCCGGGAAGAAGGCUCUGAGCAUCCUCGGCUACGUCAGGGGUCCCCUCCCCAAGGACAUCCCGGUGCCGCUGUCCCACAGCAUGAACGGCAAGAGCAAGCCCUGGGAGCCCUUCAUCGCCGAGGAGUUUGCCCACCAGUUCCAUGAGUCGGUGCUGCAGUCCACGCAGAAGGCGCUGCAGAAGCACAAAGGGGGCACGGCGGCGCUGACGGCGGAGCAGAACCACAAACUGGACACGUCCAUCCACUACAACAUCCCCGAGCUGCAGGCGUCCAGCCGCCUGGCCGGGCCCCCGCACAACCACAACGGCACGGCCGAGGGGCCGCUCCGGCCGCCGCCCGCCCUGCCCCGGGACUCCGCCUCCGAGGACGAGGAGGAGGAGGAGGAAGAGGAGGAAGAGGAGGAAGAUUACCCCAGGCCCAAGUGGCAAGGGAUCGAGGCAAUUUUUGAAGCUUACCAGGAACAUAUAGAAGAACAAAACCUGGAGCGCCAGGUGCUGCAGACGCAGUGCCGGCGGCUGGAGGCGCAGCACUACACCCUGAGCCUGACAGCCGAGCAGCUGUCACACAGCAUGGCGGAGCUGAGGAGCCAGAAGCAGAAGAUGGUGUCGGAGCGGGAGCGCCUGCAAGCCGAGCUGGAUCACCUGAGGAAGUGCCUUGCCUUGCCUGCAAUGCAGUGGUCUAGGGGUUAUUUCAAGGGGUAUCCCAGGUGA